GCUUCCCUUGCUCUCCAAAAAGGAAAUAAAGGGAAAAAAAAACAAAAACCGUUGGACGUCUUUUUUUUCCCCCCGUUAACUUUUUUUUUAGGAAUGAACGCUGAGACGUGCGUUUCAUACUGCGAUAUGACAUCCAUGGAUUCAUAUUAUAGCCCGUCGGCAGCGCAAGUUAGGGAUCUCCAAGCGAACCCGUUCAGGACAUUCCAAGCGAGUGAUACCAAAUACAGCCCCACUUUCCUGACCAACAAGGCUCAGGCUUACGGGGAAAAGUCUCGAAGCCCGUUCCAACAGGAAUGCCAGUCACUGGAAGCCACUGCUGGGGAAGGCACCUUUAACAAAUACCACCUCUUCAUGCAGAGGUCCUCUUGCAAAACUCCCCCUGAAGGCAACAAAGUCCAGCAGGAAAGCGCGCACAACGGAGGGCUCAUCUCUUGUUAUGGUAAAGACAGCACAGGGUUGACAGACUCAGAGUUACCUCCAAACACCGACUCUGCAGGGAUGGAGGGAAGCUACCUCAGUGUGAAAGAGCCAGGAGCCAAGGGGCCACAGGAGAGACCCAGCUCCGAGCUGGCCUCCUCCCUGGACAAGGCUGAAGGAGAGAGCAACAAGGGGAAGAAACGCCGCAACCGCACAACCUUCACCAGCUACCAGCUGGAGGAGUUGGAGAAGGUCUUCCAAAAGACACACUACCCUGACGUGUAUGCCCGAGAACAGCUGGCACUGAGGACUGACCUCACAGAAGCCCGAGUGCAGGUGUGGUUCCAGAACCGCCGGGCCAAGUGGAGGAAGCGUGAGCGCUUUGGGCAGAUGCAGCAAGUCCGAACGCACUUCUCCACCGCUUAUGAGCUUCCUCUCCUCACUCGACCUGAGAAUUACGCUCAGAUCCAGAACCCGUCAUGGAUAGGCGGUGGUAGCGCUGCAUCCCCUGUGCCCGGCUGCGUUGUGCCGUGCGACUCUGUCACUUCCUGCAUGACCCCUCAUCCACACGCAGCGAGCGGAGUGUCUGACUUCCUGGGCGUGCCCAGUCCCGGGGCUCACAUGGGACAGAGUCACAUGGGAAGCCUGUUUGGGAGUCCAGGCAUGAGUGCCGGUAUUAACGGAUAUGAGCUUAACAUGGACCCCGACAGGAAGUCGUCCAGCAUCGCCACUCUGCGUAUGAAAGCCAAGGAACACAGUGCGGCUAUCUCCUGGGCUACAUGACUGCCCAGUAGUCACAGCACGUGAUGCCUGAGCUUCCUUUAACAACCCAGCAAUACAAAUUAGGCAGCGAGAAGACGAGUCAUGUGCAUGAAUGUCAGGAAGCCACCACUGGCCCCAAGUGCACCAUGGGUAACGACGAGGAGGAACAGACCCACUGGAGAAAAGAAAUCUGACCCUGCAAACUUAACCUCUUAAGGAAACCCAGAGAGACUAUCACUCCUAGAGAAGAAAAAGAAUUAGAACAAGUUAAUCCAAUGGAUGUAGCUUUCUCUACAAUAGAGCGAGGAAGACGUUUGUUGCUCCCAAAACAAAACUAUGCAUCUGAAAAGGCUUCGAAUUCUAAACACCCGACUCCUGCACUUACCAGCUGAAUAUGUAGGUCCUAUUUGUAAAGAGCGUAAAUGUAUAGAAACAGGUCUGAUCCCAUUAACAUUUUAAAUACUUUAUAGAUAUUCUGAAUCUUGUUCCAUCAGUGACAUUUUCUUUAAGUGCCCAAAUCUUUAACACGUACACAGGGGUAGUGCCAAAUCCUCCACUCACAUGUCUACAACGUACACCAAAAAGCGAGCUAAAAACACUUUCCACUUGAAGAGCUCUUGUAAUGAUGCAGUGAAAUGGAUUUGAAUCUCAGGCAAGGCCAGUAGGUUAGCAAGAUGAUGGAUCUGUGGAAAUGCACAAUCCUUCUCUAUAUCUGAAUCCCAGUUUGUUUUCCCACUUGGAGAGGACCAACUCAAGAUGUUUGAUUUGAAGCGAUGGUAACAUGCUCUUGGAUACACCUGUCCAAUAGCUCAGCUCAACGGUCAAACUGUGUCAAACCACACAACUACUUAUAGUAACGAGAUGCUUCACAAAGGUUACAAAUUAGAAGUGUGACACUUUUCCUAUGGAGCUUCUGGAUUUUUUUUCUGGUCAAGAGUUGGUUAGAAAUAACAAAGACAGUAAGAAAAUUAAUAAAACCCAAAACGUAAAAAACUGAAUAUGUAUCUGAUCCCCAUGCAAGAUUAUUUCAAAAAUAUUUACUUAUUUCUGGUGUCAUCCCAAGGGUACAAGGAAUUUUGCAGAGUUAGCAGAGAGGGCUUUGUACUCCCUAAUCUAAAUAUGUGAAGCGUGUAGUGUUGGGACAGCCUGAAUAUGAUAGCCAUAAGAUUGGGGCAGUCUCAAAUUUGACUCUCUGCUUCAUUAAGUUUCUGGCUGCAGAAAACCCUGUGAGAGAAAUGGGCAGCAUUCCACUGUGGGGAGGGUUUACACCCCCUCUACACCACUUUCAUCUUGUGACGUAUGACAACACAGAACAAUGAUCCGACAACACAGGUCCAAACACUCUGUUCAUAAUAAAGUCACUGAAAUAUGUCCAUUCCAUAAUGGUUUGCUUCAUAGGGUUUUUUGUUUUUCCGGAGUCAGAUACAGAUCAGGUAAAAACAAACCUGUUUUAAAUUUGGACAAGAACCUGAUAGGCCUAGACCUUUGGACAUGCGAUUUCUAAUUUUUAAAAAGAACCACAUUCCCUCCAUUUUGGUGGGUUGCCUUUCAGAAUCCCUGAUCUUCAAACCUGACCUGAACAAUUACACAAGGAAAAGUGACAUUACCCUUCAAACAUUUUUAGAGAAAAUUAUUCACUUGAGGGAAAGUUGAUCUUAUUUUGGUAAAAUGGAGUGGAUUUGUCAUAAGAGACAGGUUUGAUAUAUGAAUCUGGUCAUAAACAGAAUUUAAAAAUUGCGCUAAAAAUUGCUUUAUACUUAACACACCCAGAUGUCAAAAGGGCGAGCUUUAACCAUCUCAUCUUUCUUAAAUGUUUUCACCUUUAGAAAUGGUACAAAAAUAUUUUUAAAAGGAAACAUACUUGCCUGUAAGAGAUCAUCAGAAAAUACAAUUCAUCAUGCCCCUUCUUUUAAGAACAUAAAAAUCUUAUUGCCAUGACAGAAUGCCUUCUUAUGAGGAAAAUGACAUUAGUGACGUGCACUGAUGACAUGCGUUUCAUUGUCAGUAACUCUACACGGCACUGAAUCAGUCCAGUUCCACGCUGGAUUCGGAUCACAUUUGCAUUACAAGCUGCAAGUUUAUGGAUGUGCUGACAACUAGCAGCCCCUGACAGCGGCGAUCCCUGAAGUUUCCCAGUCUUGUGGAAACACAGGUUCCACUACUCUUAUCCUUGCCGUUAAGGGGUUACUUAGAGGGCAAAGCAACUAUAGCUUUCCGGAGUUCUGUGAAAGGAUAGUCCACACAGCUGUGCACAGGGUAAAUGCAAAACAAACAUGCCUUGCACAUGUUUCCUCCUCAGCUGUCAUGGUUGCUCUUUCAGUCCCAUAAUGCACUGGGCCUGGCUCGCUCUCCUGGCCAAAUAACUGGCUCUCAGCAGCAUUGGGUAUACGCACAAGCAUUACAUUCAGGCAGUCUUUUUAAUUAGCACCGGGACAUCUGUGCAUGAAGAUGGUGUGACACAGCAGAGCUGUCUGUGUUCAGUGUCAGGCUCUCUUUGACUGGGAGGGGAAGAGGCUUUAGGUGGCUCAACUUCAGAAGUGAACACUAAUACAGCAGUGUUCUCCAUUUCACACUGAGAAAUCUUGAGAAUAUACAGUUUUGCAGACUGAUAGAUAUGAUGACCCUAGUUCGUAAUAAUACUACUUUUCAGGAAAACACACACACACAAACUGUUUUUCCACCACAGGUAAAGGCCUGCGGAUCCCAGAUUAUGAGUGAGGCCAAUUUAAGUACACCUCUGUCAUCCAUGUCAUUAUAAUACUACUGAAGCAGGCAUAUCCAAGGAAAGGAAUAAUAUAAGGUUGAUGGUUUCUUUUGUUUGUGUGUAUGUGCAUGUACAAUUUUCCUUGUGCAUGAAUUAAUUUUUACUGUUUAAAAAUCUUUGAAAAUGUAACUAAUUUGUUGUAAAGUAUCCUUGUGAGGAAUUUAAUAUUAUUUUGUAUGUGACUGAUGGUUCCGUGUUAGUUUUAUAGGAUUAAAUGCGAGGUUUUGGUAUGUAAAUGGAUUACA